UUCAGGUACAGGAACCUUUGGAAGGGUUUUUCUGGUGAAGGAUAAAAAGACAAGAGGUUUCUUUGCUCUGAAAGCGAUGAAAAUCCCAGAUGUGAUUCGCCUGAAGCAGGAGCAACACGUACAUAAUGAGAAAGAGGUUCUGACGGAGGUGAACCAUCCUUUCCUUGUCAGACUGUACUGGACACACCAUGAUGAUCGUUUCCUGUACAUGUUAAUGGAAUAUGUGAAUGGUGGUGAACUCUUCAGCUAUUUACGCAGCCGAGGGCGUUUCAGCAACAACACUGGAAUGUUUUAUUCAGCUGAAAUUGUGUGUGCCAUUGAAUACCUUCACUCCAAAGAAAUCGUCUACAGAGACCUGAAACCAGAGAAUAUACUGCUGGACAAUGAGGGGCACAUUCGAUUGACAGAUUUCGGGUUCGCAAAAAAGCUCUCAGAAAGGACAUGGACUCUAUGUGGUACUCCUGAGUAUUUGGCUCCAGAAGUGAUCCAGAGUAAAGGUCAUGGUCGAGCCGUGGACUGGUGGGCUCUGGGUAUUCUCAUCUUUGAAAUGCUUGCAGGGUAUCCACCAUUUUUUGAUGAUAAUCCCUUUGGCAUCUACCAGAAGAUCCUGGCCGGAAAGCUGGAGUUUCCGCGGCAUCUGGAUUUCUAUGUAAAGGACCUAAUCAAGAAGUUUCUGGUGAUUGAUCGGACAAGAAGGCUUGGAAACAUGAAGAAUGGAGCUGAUGAUGUGAAGAAGCACAGAUGGUUUAAGUCAGUAGACUGGGAUUCUGUGCCCUGUAGAAAACUCAAGCCACCCAUAGUUCCCAAGGUGUCUCACGAGGGUGACACGUCUAACUUUGACACCUAUCCAGAGGAUGAGUGGAAGAAGGACACACCAGUGCCAGCUAAGGAUUUGGAAAUUUUCAAGGACUUCUGAAAGGAUAUUCUUUUGAAUGAAUAAAAAGACAGGACUGAUGGAAGAUAAUGAUUUAGCUGAAGUUUUAGCCUAACCAUUCAGGAGACAUUAAAAGAUCAUAGUUGCGUUAUUAUUAUAGGCAUGUCUUGCCUGCUUGUCCCUGAGUCCUGCACACUUGAGAAACGGAAACAGACUUCUUCUGAUCCUCAUUAAUGUCAUCAUAAUCAUAGUCAAACGUUUACCAAGGAAACAGUUCAUCACUUCAACCUCUUGUAAGAUGAGCAACUUGAUUCAACACCCUCUGAGUCUCUUAUAUUAUGCAAAAGGAAUAUUUUUAAAUAUAAUUUUAAAUAAGCAAUAUCAAGGUUCUUUAAGCUGGGUCAAGACAAUGUCUUUGCUUAUGCCUAAACGUGUAUGGUCAUGGUUUUGUUUUGACUUUGUACCUUAACAAACUUGCUGAAUUAGAGCUUUAAGCCUGACAAAUUUUCUUUCUGGUUAUCUGAACUUGCUGUGUUGAUCCAUUCCUCCCACAUGGUAUUUCUAUAUAAAUUUCGUAACAUUAGGCCUGUUUCACACUGCACUAGCUGUGACAAUGUGCUUUUAUACUGGCAGCAUUUCUCCAGUCUAUACAA